AUGUCUUCAUCUGGAAAUGUGAAAGAGAAAGAGAGUAAGAAUAUGUCUUCUUCUUCAUCAGUUACUGGGAAUGUGAAUGGUGGGGUUACAGAUGAACAAAACAACAGCGAGUCGGUGCUGCGACAAUUCGACCUGAACAUGGAUUAUGGGCCUAGCAUUGGGCUGACGAGGCUGGAACGAUGGGAGCGUGCAAAGAAGUGGGAUAUGAAUCCUCCGCAGGAAAUUAAGGAACUGAUCUUGAAGAGUGGUAAUGAUCAGCAAGAAGGCCUAUGGAACAAACGCGUUUAG